AUGCGACAAACUCAGUGUGACAUGAUGCGAAAGAGUAAGAUAAUGGAAGUCGUACAUAGAGAGCUUAAGGAUAGAGCCACCAGAAAGUCAAACGAAUUUCGACAAAUACAGUCCUCCAUGAUGCGAAAGAAAGAGAAAAUGGAAGCUGUCCAUGGAGAGCUUAAGAUAGUGGAGAAGAAGAAACAGUAUCGCCUCAUUAAGGAAUAUGUCCAAGAAAUUAUGAUUGCAGCAAAUGAAAAGCUGCGAAAGGAAAUUGCAAGCGAAUACAUCAAUAAGAUAAUUAAAAUGGCGAAAGAAAAGCUUCAGAAAGAAUUCGAGAAUAAUUCAAAAGCCACAAGUUCCAAACUGAAACCAGACCAGGGCCAACAAGAAACCCAGGAGAAAUCAAAGAAUUUCAAGUUUGAAGGACGGAUGAAAGAUAAAGAUUAUGAUUACGAUGAAACGUUUGUUCCCCGAAAGCUGUUCUUAUUUAAUGUCGAUUCCUUCAUGGACAGCCCACAGAGUGACGUGCCAAAUGAAAUCGUGUCUAUUAAUACCCUUUGCUCGAGCAUGCGUAGUUUGCAGGAUAAUCAUGAUUUUGUUACAGAGAAGGCUCGUUUUGCAGAAAAGAACGGCCAGGCACACAAACCAACUAAGGAGGCCGUUUUCGUGACGGCUCUGUACGACAUUGGUCGGGAAAACUGGACACACUUUAAACGAAGUUUCGAUGAAUACUUAUCUUAUUUCAGGAAUGUCCUGCGUUUGAAUGUAAAAAUGAUAAUAUAUUCCGACGAAUCAGUUCAAAAAGUUGUGUUGGAUGAAAGAAAAAAUCUACAUCACAAAACACAGUCAUACUCGCUACCAUUUACUGAUUUAGAAUACUACCGAUUCAGACAGCAUAUAGAACAUGUCCUUGUUUCUCCAGAAUUCCGAGAUUCCAACGAAAUGCUAAAUUAUCCAGAAGCGUUUUCCUCAAAAUAUUUAAUCUUGAUGAACAACAAAGUUUCUUUUUUGUCAGAUGCUGUAAGAAAAAAUCCUUUUAACAGUACACAUUUCUUUUGGAUUGAUGCCGGGUAUGGACACGGGGAUGAUCUUACCAAAUGGAAGAACUUUCAGCCUAGAGUUCUUUUAAGUAAACGCAACAAGAUCACCUAUAUUGUAUUGAACGAUCCAGCGUUAUAUAAAGAUAUCAAAGACCUUCAUAAAGUCCAAAUAGUCCCUGCUUUUAAUGGAGAGUUCUUUGGGGGUGAUGCUGGGGCCAUUUUGAAAUAUGAAAAACUCUACAAGAAAACUUUUCGAAAACUCCUCACGGAAAACAUAGUGGAUGAUGAUCAAAACGUGGCGUUUCAUUGUUAUAAAGAAAAUCCCAAUCUGUUUGAAAAUGUUUGCGGAUGCUGGUCUGAUGCCUUUAAAUUGUUUUCAUAG